AUGCCCAAGACAAGAUCACCUUUCCUUCCCCUCCUCCUGAUCGCCACCACCUGCAUUGCCAAUGCCGGCGCCGGCGACGUCCUGUUGCCGCAGGAGCCCGCGCAGGAGGCGCAGCCCGCCUCGUUCCCCGGCGAGUGGCAGCUCCUCCACGCCAGCAUCGGCUUGUCGGCGAUGCACAUGCAGCUCCUCCCGGGCGACUUCGUCCUCAUGUUCGACCGAACCGACACGGGGCCCUCCAACAUUUCCCUCGCCGCGAUGGCGCCGUGCGCCGCCACGGCCGACGGCGCCGACUGCACGGCGCACUCGGUGCUCCUCGACCUCCGCUCCAACGUGCUCCACCCGUACCCGCUCGCCACCAACCCGUGGUGCUCGUCGGGGGCGCUGCUCCCCAACGGCACGCUCCUCCAGACCGGCGGCUUCUCCAAUGGCGACCGCGUCGCGCGGCUCUUCUCUCCGGCGACCGGGUGGGUCGAGCUGCCCUCGUUCCUCGCGGCCCGGCGGUGGUACGCCACCGACAUGAUCCUCCCCGACGGGCGGGUGAUCGUCCUCGGCGGCCGGAGACAGUUCAACUUCGAGUUCUUCCCGCACGACGACGCCGCGCCGGCGCUCACGUUCUUCCCGUUCCUCGACGAGACCACGGAGCUGGACGCCGAGGACAACCUGUACCCGUUCCUCCACCUCCUCCCCGACGGCACGGUCUUCGUCUUCGCCAACGACCGCGCCAUCGUCUUCGACCCCUACAACCGCGCGCCGCUCCGCCGGCUCCCCGCCGUCCCGGGCGGCGUGCCGAGGAACUACCCGUCGUCGGGGUCCUCCGUCCUCCUCCCGCUCCGCCCCGACUCCCCCGCGCACGCCGAGGUGCUGGUCUGCGGCGGCGCGCCGCGCGGCGCGUAUCACCUCGCGCUCCGCAACGCCACGUUCGUGCCGGCCGACCGGACCUGCGCCCGCAUCGCGCCGACGGACCGGGACCCCGCGUGGGCGAUCGAGGAGAUGCCGCUCGCCAGGGUGAUGGGCGACAUGGUGCUGCUCCCCACCGGCGACGUGCUGAUCGUGAACGGCGCGGCGGCCGGCACCGCCGGGUGGGAGCUGGGGCGGGAGCCCGUCACGCGGCCGGUGCUGUACAGGCCGGACGCGCAGCUCGGUGCGCGGUUCGAGGCGCUGGCCGCGUCGGCGAUCCCGCGGAUGUACCACUCGUCGGCGACGCUGGACACGUACGGCCGGGUGCUCGUCGGCGGCAGCAACCCGCACGUCGGGUACGUGUUCGCGAAUGCGACGUACCCGACGGAGCUGAGCCUGGAGGCGUUCCUGCCGCCAUACAUGGACGCGCGGCUCGACGGCGCGCGGCCGCGGGUUCUGGCGGCGCCGGGGGAGGUCGGGUACGGCGAGGCGACGGCCGUGCGGUUCGAGGUGCCGGCGCCCUCCGGCGCGGCGGCGGCGGGGGAGGUGCGGGUGGCCGCAGUGGCGCCGGCGUUCGCGACGCACUCGUUCGGGAUGAACCAGCGGGUGGUGGAUCUCGCCGUGGGGAGGGUGGCCCAGCUGGACGUCGGGGUGUACGAGGCCGAGGUCGCGGCGCCGCCCACGCCCGGGGUGGCGCCGCCGGGGUACUACAUGUGGUUCGUGGUGCUCGCCGGCGUGCCCAGCAGCGCCGCCUGGGUGCGCAUGCGGCCGCUCGGACCGGCGCCAUGA